AUGUUUAAAAAGAGAGAAGGUAUUGUAAUUGAUGAUACUGAAACAGAUGGCAAUAGGUCCAGAAGUCAUAGCAUGUUAAAGAAGGUUGUCUCCAGGGAUCAUAAUGUAGAAUACGUUUCACCAUUCAGAGACCCUUCAAAUGUACAAGCUGCAAACUAUGCAAAGGCGAAGAAGAUGGAAAGAUUUCCAACUGUAAGUGCUAGUUCUCAUUUUAGUCGUAUGUCUCCUAAUGAAUUGGGUUACAAAAAUAUAUCAAAGUCUACUAAGAGAGCCAAAGAUAUUUCUUUCCCAAGUUUCCUAAUUGCUAAUGAAAGAAGACAAGGCGGUAUCAUUACUGACUUGGAACUAAAGGAAGCAAAUUUGAAGUACUUAAGAAACUCACAAAUUUUAUUAAAUGAAAAUGGUACAUCUACGCAAACUAAAGAAUCUUCCGAUGAAGAAUCAUCAGGUGACGAAACUUCUACUGAUGAUGCUACUUCCACUGAAGCAAGUUCCACUUCCACUAUCACAACUGAAGGAAGUGAAGAAGAAACUAGUAAUGAACAAGAAUCAACUGAAAUUGUAUCAGAAGAAGAAGUAGCUACUAUUGAAAAUGUCAGUUCAGCUGGUUCUGUUGACCAAGAAACGAUUGAAAAUGAACCAACUAGUACUUCAUUGGAAGCCGAUACUGUAAAUCAAGUAAUUGAAGAAGAUAGAUCCCAAGCCUCCAUUACAAAGGCCGUUGAAGAACCUGAAUCUGCUACUUCUACCGGUGCACAAAAUGAACUUGAAACUGAAGAAGGUGAAGUAAAUGCGCCUAUUGAAGGAUCUGAUGCAAAUACAAAGUCAGAAAAUGUAGAAGAGGAACCGGAAGAGGGUGAAGAAGAGGAAGGAAAUGAACCACAUGAAGAAACUGAGGAUGAAUCUGUACAGGAAACUGAAGAAAAAUCCUUAGUUGAGCCAAUAAAUCCGGACGAAGCUCCAAUGUUACAUAUGGGUCCUCCACAACCGCAAUCUUCUAGUACAGGUAUUAUGGCUAUUUUUAAGGGUAACUCUAGCUCUAAUAUCCAACCUGUUAGUAAAAAUCCAAUGUCUUCUCCAGAAAAUCCAGAAUAUGUCAUCAAAACAAAGCAACAUGGUUACCUAUCCAAAGCUGUUUAUGAUAAAGUACAAUAUGAUCAAUCGGUUCAUCAGCGUUGGUUAGAUAAUUUGGAGACUACAGAGGAAGAGAAGUAUCAAAAUAAGAAAACUGAAUACGAAGAUAAUUUGGCUGAUAUUCAAUCAAAAAUUGACAAUAUACAUGAUUUGAUGGAUGAAUUAAAGUUGAAGACUUCACAGAAGAUCGAAGUUAUGGAAUAUCAACUUGUCAAAAAUAUUUUAGAUAUGACUCAAACUCACAAUGAUUCGAAAAAUAAAAUCUUUAAAGAGACAGAAUUAAUGAAAUUAGAAAAAUUGAAUGCAAAGCAAGAUUUCAUAAGUAAGCAAGCCGAAAUUAGAAAGGAAAUCGAAAAUCUAAGUGAAGAACAAACUGGAGUCACUGAUGACUUUAAUGAAUGGAACAGUAAGUUGAAUGAGAUCACUGCGCAAUUAGAUGCUAAGAUUGAAGAUAUUAGAGCCAAGAACCAACAAAAACUUGACAUUGAGCAAGAAAUGGCAAAGUUAAAUAUUUCGAAAAUGGAAUUAGAGGAGGAAAUAAAGAAGAAUGAAGAAAUCCACAAGAAUAAUACUGAAUUGUUAACUGACUUGAAUGUAAGGAAGAACUACUUGCCAAGAAUAAACGAAAUUGAUAAUGAAAUUGCCGGACGUUUAGAAAAACUGUCUACAAUCAAGAAGGAAACUAUAGAAGAAAACAAUAGAUUAACUAUCUUGACAAAGAAAUUGGAAGACGAACGUAUUGCUCGUGAAAACGAAAUCAGGUUAAAGAAUGAAAAAUUGAAAAGAGAGCAAGAACAAAAAUUACAGAAGCAAUUGGCUGAAUUAAAGGCAAAACAUAACGAAGAAUUAUUAGAAAUUCAAAAGAAGUACGAAAAGAAGAUGGCUCAACAACCAAAGGCAGUCGAACUUCCAACAGAUAAUUCAUUGUAUGAAUAUGUAACAGAAGAAGAAGUGUUUUCACUUUAA